AUGAAGGCUUUCGUCGCAGUCCUUAUCCUGGCAGCCUCAGUUCUGGCGGAUCCUGAACCGAGCAAAGUUGUCCAGAAGCGAAGUGGCCUAGUCGGUCAUUAUGGCGCGCCUCUGAUAGGCCACGGACUGGCAUUUGGGCAUGGAUACGCGGCUGGGCCAAUCGGCCAUCUGUCCGCGGGGCCAAUAGGUGCGGCCUACGCUGCAGGUCCUUACGGUGGACCUCUAGGGGGCACUAUCGUUGGAGCUGAUGUCCAUACUACAGUCACCAAACAUGUCGGUGUACCAGUUCCCGCUCCCUACCCUGUCGCUGUGGACAGGCCUUACCCUGUGCCCGUUAAGGUUUGUUUUAGUUUCUUCUCCAAUUCAAAAUCUUCCAGCAAUACGUCUCAACUCAUAUUCUUACAAAACGGGUUUCUAAAGCCUUUUUUCACAUUACAGGUUGCCGUCCCAGUGCCGGUUGACCGUCCGUACGCCGUGCCGGUGCCCAAGCCGUACCCGGUGGCCGUUGAGAAGCACAUCCCCGUUCCCGUCGACAGGCCCGUGCCGGUACCUGUACCGCACGCCGUGCCAUACCCUGUCAUCAAACAAGUCGGCGUCCCCGUGCCCCACCCAUACCCUGUAGCUGUGCCCAAGCCAGUAGCCGUGCCAGUACCCGCGCCAGUCGCCGUGCCAGUCGUCAAGUCCUACGCCAGCGCGCCCAUCUUCCACGACUUCCACGCCCACGGCCACUCUCUCCACUCCAAGUACGGAUGGUAAACUGUCUAAAUGACGUCACAAAAUGACAGAUUCAAAUCAAAUUUCGAAUGGAUGUGUUUUUGUUUUUUGAAGUCUGAUUGUCAGCCAGUAUGGUGAGAAUUCUAAAUACAAAUUUCAAGGGAGUUGACGCUUUGGUCUUUAUGAUUAUGAGUUGUUUAGCCCUUGAUUUAAUUUAAAAAAUGAAUCUGUCAUAGAGUGAAAACCAAUAUGAAAUGUUAAAAGGCAUUUUCAUGGAUUUUUUGUACGUAGUCAGAACGGUAUUAUGUGAUGUAGAUAAGUAGCUAUAGGUGUGAGUGUGACUUCUAGAACUUAUUUUCGUAUGUUAAAAGUGACAGAUUCCAACGGUUUCGAACAUCAUUUGAAACAGCCAAUCACACGCCGCGAUGAGAACUUACGACCAAUAGCGGCUCAACAUGACCUAUGACGUCACUAACUUGCGAAUUUAAGUUCAGGUAUUGUGAGAAAAGUUAGGGAUUAAGUGCAAUCACAAGAAG